UUUGGAUUUCCAUUACAUUACAGUCUCCUUCAGUUCGCCCUCCAACCGGUGAAGUUCACCAAAGCGGUAGCGCUUGUCACAACACCAGAAAUAUCCACAUAGAACUUCAUUACUUUGUACCGGCAGAAUGGCGGUUCCUCCAUCAUACGCUGACCUCGGCAAAUCUGCCAAGGACAUUUUCAACAAAGGAUACGGCUUUGGUGUGGUGAAACUUGAUGUCAAGACAAAAUCAGCCACUGGCGUGGAGUUCAAAACGGCUGGUUCCUCCAACACUGACACUGGCAAAGUGGUGGGCAGCCUGGAAACUAAAUACAAGAAGUCUGAAUAUGGCUUGACAUUCACAGAGAAGUGGAACACUGACAACACACUAGGAACAGAGAUCACUGUUGAAGACCAGAUUGCCAAAGGUCUGAAGCUGACUUUUGAUACAACAUUCGCUCCUAACACAGGCAAGAAGAGCGGAAAAGUCAAGACCGCCUACAAACGUGAAUAUGUUAAUCUGGGCUGCGAUGUCGACUUCGACUUUGCCGGCCCGACCAUUCAUGGUGCCGCUGUUGUCGGUUAUGAGGGAUGGCUGGCCGGCUACCAAAUGUCCUUCGACACAGCCAAGUCCAAGAUGACUCAGAACAACUUCGCUGUCGGUUACAAGACUGGCGACUUCCAGCUGCACACUAACGUCAAUGACGGCUCAGAGUUUGGUGGGUCCAUUUAUCAGAAGGUGAGCGACAAGCUGGAGACAUCUGUCAACCUGGCCUGGACCGCUGGCAGCAACAGCACACGCUUCGGCAUCGCAGCCAAGUACCAGCUAGACAAGGAUGCCUACAUUAGUGCUAAAGUGAACAAUACCAGCCUUGUUGGUUGUGGCUACACUCAGACACUGAGACCAGGUGUGAAGCUUACCCUUGCGGCUCUUGUGGACGGGAAGAGCAUCAAUGCUGGAGGCCAUAAGCUGGGGUUGGGUCUGGAGCUGGAGGCUUAGAUCAUCCCCAGUGUAGCGUUUGGGGCGAGGGAAGAUGAGAACAGUUUGGCCUUAAGACUGUUUCCACCUUAACCAGCAGGGCAUUUCUGGAAGGGACGGGUUCAAAGACUACCCCAACCACAACAACAGAAAACAAUUAUUUUCAGCAACCCAGUGUGAUGGUUUUCGUUGUCAUGGUGUACUGUUUAUUACUUGUUUUAGUUUUGAAGGUACUUGGAAUGUGUUUAGAGACAUCUUUUCAUCUUGUUAACCCAGCACUGCCAUUGCAAUGAAAUACAGAUACCACAACGCGAAGCGGACUUGUGUGGCUAUUAUUUGGAUCCCUCUGAUUUUGUCGUUCACAUAGUACUGUGGGAGGGAUUUGACUUUUGUUGUUAAAACGUGUUAAUGGGAGAGGGACAUGAUUUUAUCAUUUCUAUCCACUGAUAUUCCCAAGUCGUCUGAACCACUCAUGCAUCAACUUCACUCUCUAGGGUCAUACUAUUAUUUAAAUACAGUUCUUCCUUUUUCCAUGUACACAAGGACAAGCUUAAGCUGUCAUGUUUUUUCUUGUAAGCCAUUGGGAUUUUGAAGGAGAAGGUGAGCUGUGCUGUAAACCUACCCCUGAACUGAGCAUUUUAUGGGAUGGCUUCAACUGCAAGCCUACAGGGAGGAAAUCUAAACCUUUUUGUCAGUUUGGUUUAUUUAUUGUCUCUCUUUUUUGCAUCCAUCAGACGACUUGGUGAGGUUAAGUCAGAUGCCAAAACGGGUUUCUCUGGAUGCUUAAGUUUAAUGGUGAAUGUAACAUGUCAACAUCAUGUCACAGACUCAUUGAGCCCGUGCUUACACACAACCGUGCAGGGGUCCUCAUAUGUAUGGUCAAAUUUUCAAUAAAGUCUUUGAACUCCA